AUGUAUACGUCCAGAGGGAACAAUGCCUAUGGACAACAGUCAUAUGCUGGGCAAUCUGCAUAUGGCCAAAAUUUGGGACCGGGUUAUCCUGCAAAUUCAGUCGGAGGGCCUGAUGGGAAUGUGCAGCUUCCCAUGGUUGCGCGGCAUUCAGCAAUGUUAGGGGGUUCAGAGGAAGUAGAUGCCAAUGCGUACAGACCACUUCCUGCAGCUGCUGCUCAUUAUGGGGGACAGUAUAGCUCUCUCUAUGGUUCAGCUGCUUUGAGCACUGCACCUCAGGCUCCUCCCAUUGGUGCAAAAGGUUCAGGACCAUCGGUCUUGGAAAGUCGUGGUGUCUUUGCUUCGGCUAAGCAAGAUUCGCCAAAAUUUUCAUCCGGGGAGUAUAUCCCAGCUUCAAGUCAUGCACAACUGUAUGGCGAGAAGGGUCCUGAUUAUCCAACUAUUGACAGAAGGCAGUAUGGUCGUCAGAGUGGUUAUAUGGGAAGGGACUUGCAAAGUGACCCAACUGGUCGAUUUGCCGAUUCUGUUGGUUUCGGUCCUCAGCAUCAGGCUGAGAUUUAUGAUCGCAUUGAUAAGGCGGUGCUGCUUCGGCAAGAACAGUUGCUGAAAGCUCAUUCUCUGCAAUCUGCUUCUCUUGAAGGGAGUGCAAGACAAGCUGAUUAUCUUGCAGCAAGGGGUGCCUCUAGUCGUCAUCCCACUCAAGAACUUACUUCUUUUGGAGGAAGAAUGGACGGUGAUCCUCGCAAUUUAUCGAUGCUUACUGGUUCUUCAUAUGGCGAACAACCUGCUCCAUCAAUAUUAGGGGCAGCUCCACGGAGAAAUGCAGAUGACCUCUUAUAUUCACAAAAUCCUUCGAAUCCUGGUUAUGGAGUCAGCCUUCCUCCUGGGAGGGAUUACGGCAGCGGAAAAGGGCUCCAUGUCUCAUCACUUGAGCCAGAUUAUCCAAUUAGUUUGUCUCAUGGUGGUCAUCCGAGGAUCGAUGAACGCAAGGAUGACAGAGCUAGCUAUCUUCAAGAAUUUGAACUAAGGGAGGAGGCACGGCGUCGAGAUCGUUUACGUGAGAGAGAGAGGGAUAGAGAAAGGGAGAAGGAAUGGGACCGUGAACGUGAACGCGAGCGAGAACGAGAAAGAGAGCGUGAAAGAAGCAUUUUGGAGCGGCGAUUGAAGGACAGAGAGCGAGAACGCAAGCGUGCAAUUGACACCAGGAGGGAACGAACUCCACCGAGAGUCUCUAGGGAUCGUCGCGCUGCGUCUUUGGUGAAGGAGGGGAGAUCUUUACGACGGGAUUCCCCACAUCUUGAAGCUCCGCAUAGGCGUCAUUCACCUGUUAAAGAUAAACGGAGAGAGUAUGUCUGCAAGGUUUACUCAAACAGUCUGAUAGAUGUAGAAAGGGAUUAUCUUUCGAUGGAUAAACGAUAUCCCAGGCUCUUUAUACCAUCUGAAUUCUGCAAGGCUGUUGUAAGCUGGCCAAGGGAGAACCUUCAACUUUCUAUCCGGACUCCUGUCAGUUUUGAGCAUGAUUUCGUGGAAGAAGAGGGUGCAGCUGUUAUGAAAGAGCCAACAGCUACAAUAUUGGCUGAAGAACCUGCAAAAUCAGGAGGUGGAAAUAUUGUGUGGAAUGUGAGGAUUAUCUUGAUGAGUGGGAUAAGCAAGAAUGCUUUGGAGGAGCUAUCAUCUGAAAGAAGUCAUGAUGAUCGCAUACCCCAUAUCUGCAAUAUCAUUAGGUUUGCCAUUCUUAAAAAGGACCGCUCAUUCUUGACAAUUGGUGGUCCAUGGAAUCCCACCGAUGGUGGUGAUCCGUCAGUUGAUGAUAGCUCUUUAAUUCAUACUGCAAUAAGAUAUGGGAAGGAUGUUGCAAAACUUGAUCUGCAGAACUGCAAGAACUGGAAUCGUUUUCUUGAGAUACACUAUGAUAGAAUUGGGAAAGAUGGAUUCUUUAGCCAUAAAGAGAUAACUGUCAUAUUUGUCCCAGAUUUGUCUGAGUGUCUCCCUUCAUUGGAUGCAUGGCGAGACCAAUGGCUUGCACACAAGAAAGCUGUUGCAGAAAGAGAGCGUCAGCUUUCUCUGAGAAAAGAGAGACUGAGGGACAAGGAAGUGCUCAAAGAUAAGGAAAUUGAAUCAUCAAAACAAAAAAGAACAGACAAAGAAGUAAAAACUAAAGAGUCUGCAUCCACUGGAGAAGCAAAAGAAGUUAAGAACAAGGAACAAGAUGGCAAUAGUCCAAAUGGGAGUACAUCUGAAGGAAAGAAUGAUAUGAACGAUAAGAAGCAUGAUACAAAAGAUGACAGCGGAGGCAGCGAGACAGGCAAGAAUGAGGAGAAAAAGGAACAGGUAGAAGCUGCUGAAAUUCAGACACCUGGAAGUGCGAAGUCUGGGAAGAAGAAGAUUGUAAGAAGGGUUGUCAAACAGAAGGUUGUAGGUAAAUCAGCCAGUGAUAGUACAACCAAGGAACCUGACAAUGUGGGUGAGAAGGAUAACACUGAAGGGGAAAAAGAAAAUCCCGAGGCUCCUGGUGAAGAUGAUUCUUCACCUGAUCCUGCUGGGGUCAAAACCUUUAAGAGAAAAAGAAUUGUUAAGAAGGUUUCAGUUGCGAAGGCUGCUCAGAAUGAAGAUAAUACAAACACAGAGGUGAAAGUUGGGCAGGAAACUGGCUGCUCUGAGGAGAAAGCUGAACCAAGCAGUGGUCCAGCUGUGCAAGAUACUAAUGCAAAAACAGUAGUCAAGAAGAAAAUAAUUAAGAAGGUUGCUAAAAGAAAGGUUGCUGGUGCGGAACUGAGCAAAGGGGUUGAUGUUGAUCAGAAAAAUGUCGUUGGAAAUGAAACAGAAAGUACACAGAAAACAACAGCAGUUGUGGAAAAGCCAGCAGCAAAGGGCUCAAAAACAGAAGUACCUGACAAGCAAAAAGAUGUUGUCAGUUCAACUAAAGCAGAUUCAAAAGAUGUUAAGGAGGAUAAGAAAGAUGAGAAGCGAGCUGGUGACAAAAGUGGUUCUGUUACUAAAGCAGAGAGGAGCAAAUCAAAAGAUGCUGAAAAAUCCAAAGAUGAGAAGGAAAAGAGAGAUGGAAAAGAUGAGUCUAGGGCCAAAUUAACUAGAGAAGGGAAAGAAACGAGAAAGCCUGAAGAACCACCUCGACACCCUGGAUUCAUUCUACAAACAAAAUUGAGCAAGGACUCCAAACUGCGUUCAUCAUCACUUUCACUUGAUUUACUAUUGGACUAUACUGACAAGGAUAUUGAAGAAUCAACAUUUGAGCUUUCUGUAUUUGCUGAAACAUUCUAUGAGAUGCUCCAGCAUCAGAUGGGAUGUCGUCUUUUAAUAUUUCUCCAGAAACUGCGAAUAAAGUUUGUGACAAAAAGAAACCAACGUAAGAGGCAACGAGAAGAAGAAAAUGUUAAGAAAGCGAAUGCUGAGAACUCACCAGCAAAGCGCCUGAAGACGGAUGAGCUCCCUGUGAAAGAUCAGCCUGCUAAAUCAUCUGAAACAUUGGGUGCAUCUCAGCCUGAUAUCGUGAAGCAAGAGGAAGAAAAAGCUAUAACUAUUUCCAAGGAGAGUAGUUCUGUUGACCAUGUUGAUGAGGUGAAAAUGGAGCAUGCAACAGAUGAUGAUGAAGAUCCAGAAGAAGAUCCUGAGGAAGAUCCUGAAGAAUAUGAACCAAUGGAGGAUGGAAGUCCUCCUCAUGACUCCAAUGAGAUUAUCGAGAAAGAAGGCAAAAGCAAUGUGAAUGCUGUGUCUGGAAAUGAGAAAGAUGAAGUCAAUGUUAAAGAAGAAAAGGACGUGAAGGCUGAAGAAACGGAGGCCAAACCAGAAGCAGAUAUGUGUAUCAAGAAAGAGGAGAAAGUUGAUACACACAAGAAAGAAACUCCCGGGGCAAAGGAGGUUGUUGACAAGGAACUACUGCAGGCUUUUAGGUUCUUUGACAGGAAUCAAGUCGGCCACAUUAGGGUUGAAGAUAUGAGAUUGAUAAUCCAUAACUUGGGCAAGUUCCUCUCGCACAGGGAUGUCAAGGAGCUUGUGCAGAGUGCAUUAAUAGAGAGCAACACAGCUAGGGAUGACCGCAUUCUUUACAAAAAGCUGGUGCGGAUGACUGACAUUUGAGAUUUGGAAGUCAUUUUUGUUGCAGUAUUUUAUUUCCCUUGAAACUUGAAAGCUAUGCCAUGGGUCAAGGGUCAAUGAACUUUAAUUGCAGUCUCUAAAAUGACAUGCAGCCCUAGUAUGGUGUGGUAUAGGAAAGAACAGUGUUUAAUUUUUGAUUCAAAUAAAGAAGUUUAGUUUCUGUCAUAUUCUGUAAUGACUUGCACUAUGACCCUUGUUUUUCUCUCAUACGAAGAAAUGGUUUGAUGAACACAUG